GUCAAACUUGACAGCUGGUUGUUUUUCUCAUUUCCAUAGUUACCUACUUUUUCCCCUUUACACUCAGUUAGAAAUUAUUUACCAUCUGUGAAGAGAAGAUGGAGACAAUUGCCAUCAAACAGGAACCAUUGUUUUUUAAUGAUUCUACUUUUACUAAUGUCGCGGAUUGCUGUUAUUCAAUAAAGCAAGAACCUGACUUCGAAUAUGGUGAAUUAUCCCAAAGCAAUGGUCUUUUAACGGAAUUAACUGCAGCUGAAGUCCCAGACUCAUUUGUGGAAAUUAAAGAAGAGCCCCCUUUUCUCCAUUUAACAGAUCUGGAACAGAACCAUCUUGCAGCUGAUGAAAAACUUUUCAAUAAAUGGAAUCAACCUUCAACUUCCAUAUGUAUAGCAGAAGAAAUUAAGGAUACUAUAAAGUUAGAAAGAUGUAAUUCUCCAAAAGAUAGACCAUUUCUUUGCUACCACUGCGGGGAGACUUCUCAUGAUAUAUCAGAUUUAGAAGUUCAUAUAAAGGUACACCAUCUUUGGGAAUUGGACUUCUUGCAAGAAGCAAAAGGAACUGCCAAGCAUGGGUUAUUUAGGUGUCCUUAUUGCAAGUUCAAAUCUUCAAAAAUUAGUAGCCUUAAGAUUCAUGUAACAUCAAAACAUGCCAAGAAAAAGCCUCUUGUUUGUCCACAAUGUGAAUUCAAGUGCAUUCAAGCUGGUUCAUUUAAUAGACAUGUUAUAGAGGUUCAUGGUGCUGGAGUGAAACCAUUCGCUUGUCCUCAUUGCGACUACAGGGCAAUGCGUCCAAGUGUCAUAAAGUAUCAUGUUAUGGCUAAGCACGAUCGGCUAAAGCCUCAUUCCUGCCCGCAUUGCGAGUUCAAGACAGCUCACACAUCUCAUCUGAAAGCUCAUAUUCAAGCUUUGCACGAUAAGCUUAAACCUUAUGCUUGCCCUCAUUGUCAAUUUAAAUCUGCUCAUUCUACGUACCUUAAAUUUCAUGUAAUGGCAAUGCAUGGCACAGAUAAACCGUAUGCCUGCCCACAUUGUCCAUACCGAUCGGUUCAAUCAGGUCAUGUGAAGUACCAUGUUAAAGCUGUUCAUGAAAAGAAAAAAUUGUAUGCUUGUCCACAUUGUGAUUUUCGGUCUGCUCAUAAUAGUUAUCUCAAGAUUCACAUUAGAUCGAAGCAUGACAAAGUGAAGCCUUAUACAUGUCCACAUUGUGACUAUGCAUCUGCUGAAUCUGGGCACCUCAGGUCACACAUAAUGGCUAGGCACGAAAAAAGGAAACCAUAUGCCUGUGAUAGGUGUGAAUUCAGAUCAGCUGAGCGAAUCAAUCUUCAAUUUCAUAUCAUGGCCAGGCAUGAUAAGGUGAAACCUUAUGGUUGCCCGCAAUGUGAAUAUCGAUGCGUCCAGUCUGGCCACCUCAAGUCUCACAUAACAGCACGCCAUAUGAAAACUAAACCAUAUGGGUGUCCUCACUGUCAAUUUAAGUCAGCUCAUUCUAAUUACCUUAAAACUCAUAUAUUAGCUGUGCAUCAAAAGUUGAGACCUUAUUCUUGUCCACAUUGUGAUCAUACUUCGUCACAAUCAAGCCAUCUGAAAUAUCAUAUUCGGGCAAAACAUGAAAAAAUAAAACGAAAGAAAGUAAAGCAUUCAUAAAUAAUUACUUAUGUUCAUUUUAUUGAGUAAAUUCAGUAAAAGUACUUGAGCAAUUAAAAUUGUGAAGUCAUGAAUUAAUUUCUUACUGAGAUGCACUAUAAUAAACAAUGAUUAUCAGUAUUCUCAGACUUCAAUUUGGUGUGAGGUAUUGUCAACCAUCAAAUGAAGGGGUCGUUGAACUGCUGCUUAUCUUGUGUAGUUAAAAUCGAUUUCUAUAUUAAUGAGGAAUAAUUAAGACUAUCAUUAGGACCCAUGUAAUCUGUGUAAAAUAAUGUGAUUUUUUACUUGGAUUUAUAGUGAUAGUAUUUGUAAGAUCUGUCAAAAUGAUUUAUUUAAAAUUGAAUAAAUU